AUGAAAAAGGCAGUGGAGGGUUGGAGAGGAGAAAGCCGUCGCUGGGGAAGGUACGACAAUGAUGGACGACACGCGGGGUCGAGGGGAACGACGUCGCCGUACCGGCAUCGGAACACGGACUACAAGAGGCGGGGACGAGCCGGCCGGCCGACGGCGCAGUGUUGCCCGACGUUCACGGCCGAAUUGAACGUGUCACGCACUCGCGCUACACGACCACGUGGCGGUGGCCGGCGGAUAGUGCACGCCGCGUUAGCUUGCGCGUGUCGCCCGGCGCUUUUUUUACGUACGUUUUUUUAUUUCUUUCUCACAUUUUUGCUACCGUCGUUCGAUGACGGUCGCCCAGAAUAUUAUACGGAUAUCGGUUACACCGGCAGGCGGCAGACUCUCCCACCUCCGCAACGGUUGGAUAAAAAAAACUAG